AUUUAAAACAAUUACGAAAUUAACGAUUGCUUUGGAUUAUAUUUUUUAAUUGAAUUUUUGGAAAAUAUUUUCUAGAAUCAAAAUAUAAAGAAUUCUUUGAAAUUAACAUACAAUAUCCGUAUAAAGUGUUUUCUUAAUUCAUAAAAAUUUAACGUGUGAAAGAAGUUUUGCUGAAAGAUGUCGAAAAGAGAAAAAACUGAUUCAUUAGAAAGGCCUGGUGCCUUUAAAGAAGUAAAAAUUGUAUUAGUUGGACCAGCAAAAUGCGGUAAAACAGCAUUAGUUCAACGUUUUGUUAAUGAUAUUUUUUCAGAGACCUAUAUACCGACUGGUUUUGAAAAAUAUCAAACACAACAAAAAAUUUCUGAUCUUACAGUUGAUUAUCAAAUAUGGGAUACAUCAGGUGGUGGAGCAUAUGAUAGUGUUAGACCAUUAGCAUAUCAAGAUGCAAAUGUAUUUAUGUUAUGCUUUAAUGUUGGUGAUCAAGAUUCAUUAACAUCAGCAAUUAAUAAAUGGUGUAUUGAAAUAAGACGUCAUUGUCGUGUAACACCAAUAAUAUUAUGUGGUUGCCGUACAGAUAAUCGUAGUGUAUAUAAUACAAUUAAUUAUAAUUCAGCAACACAAUUUGCAAGAAUACCAGUAACAUCAGAACAAGCAUUAUUAGCAGCAAAUCAUAUUGGUGCUGCUGCAUAUGUUGAAACAUCUAGCCAAUAUUCAAAUAUUUUAGUACCAGAAGCAUUUAGAAUUGCUGCUGAAGUUGGUUUAGGUUUAAAACAAUGUUUAUCAAGUGGUAUAUUAUCAUCAUCAUCUUCAUCAUCAUCAACAGGUACAAAUGGUUCAACAUCAGCAAAACCACCAAAUAAAAAAUUAUGUAAAGAAAAGAAAUCAUAUCAUAUGUCAAGUCCAACAUUAAAUCGUUUAAAUAAUGGUAAAAUAAUUGAAGGAAAACCAGAUAUUAAGAAUGAGGUUAGAAUGAAAACAGCAAAAAAUUGUUGUAUUAUGUGAUGCUUUUAGACUUCUAACACAGAAUAAGAAAUUGUGAAGAGAAAAUCAUAAGAUCACGAUUAAAGAAUUAAAUUUUAUACUCUUUUGAUUGUUUUAAAUUUUUCUAGUUUCUGAAUUUGAUUAUGGGCAAAGUGGCAUUUUAUUUUACAACAGUUUUACUAUGCGAAUAUCAGAAAAUUUGUUGAAAAUUUCAGCAUAGUUAAUAUUAACCAUAACUAAGUAAAAUAUAAUGAAUUUAAAAAAUUUAAAUAAAUCACUAGAGUAACAAUUUAAUUGUUAAGAAAUUGUAAAUAAGCAUGUAUGUAUAACGAACGAACGGAAAAAAAUUGUAAAAUAAAGGUGGACAAAGUCCGUCUGUAAUGGUUUUUUUUUUAUUAUUUAAUUACAAAAUACAAUAUUUAAUUUUAAAAACAAUAGAAGGAAAUAAAACAAAAAAAAAUGAUUUUAUAUUGUAGACUGAAGAAAAGGUAAUGCGCUUUAAAUAAUUUUCAAAAAAUUAAAACGAAUCCAUUAUGUAAUAGUUUAAGGUUCCAACUUAAAAUAUAAGAAUUUUGUUAAGAAAUGUAAGAAUGUAAUUUUAUAUUGUAACUAAACUACUGCAUAAAUUGUAAAUUUCAGUGAUUCUAGAACAUCAUAAUUUGUAAACUAACACUACUGCAACAAUAAAUUAAUAAAAUAAUGUACACUGUACAUGAUAAUGGGCACCAGCUCCCACUUUAUGUAACAUUUCUUAUCCUCGUUUUUUAUAUAACACCUUCGUGUUUUGAUGAACUUUUACAAAGUGUACGAUAAUUAGCAUAUUUUAUUAAAAAUAUUCUAAAACUGCCAAGAAUAAUUAUAAAAAUUCUAUAUUUAGGUAGUUGCAAAUAAAAAUUACAUUCUACAAUUGAUUCAAAUUCAAUUUACUUAUUAUUAAAGUGAAAUAGAAAAAUAGAGAAAACAUAAAUAAAAAAGAAUGAUAAAAAUGAGUAAAAAAAAUUGGACAAAACGUUUUCAUAACCUCGUAUUUCUGGUUUUUCUGUGAUCAUUUAUUUUUAAAUUUAAAUUUUUUUUUUAUAAUUAGAAAUUUGUACAUUAAUAUUAACAUGUUAUUAGUAAAUAUAAAUUAUAUCUUAAUUAAAUAUUAAAUUUAUUGUAAUUAAAUUAUUUUAGAAACAAAAAGAAACUCUAUUUUGUUUUUGAAAUUUAACACUGUAAAAAUCACUCACUUAAUCACGAA